GAAAGCCGUCCGGGCUGGCGGCGCUCGAGAGCGACGUCACGCGGCGGUCUGGGCAACAUCCCUGGACCUCGGCUGGGCGAGCUCACGACGCACCGGCUGCAGCGACUACUGGUCGACCUGACACGCGUGCACUCUGGCCGAGGAUCAUCGUAGCCUGCUAGAAAUUCUGCCCUCUCACGGCGUGCUGUCUCUCUGCUCUUCCUUGCUUCAUCCCUCUUUUUGUAAUGUUCAGCAGAGUUGCGCGAGCGCGAGCACCCGCCUCGAUACUUCGCAGACCCGUCACCCACAUCCAGACGCCCAGGACAAUCACAAUGGCGCCCGCCAGGAAGCAGUCUUCGCUGCCAGAGGGCUACAAGGAGGACCACAGCAAGGGCGCGAUGCUGCGGUUCGAGGACUCGCUGCCCCGACUGCCCGUGCCGACGCUCGAGGAGACGGCGAAGCGGUACCUGAAGUCGGUGCACCCGCUGCUCUCCCCGACCGAGUUCGACGCGACCACCAAGGCCGUCAGCGAAUUUGUCGCGCCCGGCGGCGUCGGCGAGACGCUGCAGAAGCGCCUGGAAGAGCGCAGAGCGCGGCCAGAGAUCAAGAACUGGCUCUCCGAAUGGUGGAACGACGCGGCGUACAUGGGCUACCGCGACCCCGUCGUGCCCUACGUCAGCUACUUCUACUCGCACCGCGACGACAAGAAGCGCCGGAACCCCGCCAAGCGCGCGGCGGCCAUCUCGACGGCGGUGCUCGAGUUCAAGCGGCUGGUCGACCACGGCGAGCUGGAGCCCGAGUACAUGAAGAAGCUGCCCAUGGCCAUGAGCUCGUACGAGUGGAUGUUCAACUGCAGCCGCGUGCCCAAGAAGCCCGCCGACACCAGCGUCAAGUUCCCCUUCAAGGAGAACCAGCACAUCAUCGCCGUGCGCAAGAACCAGUUCUGGAAGAUCCCCCACGAGGUCAACGGCAAGCAGCUCAACACCAGCGAGCUCGAGCUGCAGUUCAAGCGCAUCUACGAGAGCGCUGUCAAGACGGACCCCGUCGGCACCCUCACCUCGCAGAACCGCGACGUGUGGGCCGAGGUGUACCCCAAGCUCAAGGCGGCCUCGGCCGUCAACGCGGCGACCAUCGAGGCCAUCGAGUCGGCGUCGUUUGUCGUGUGCCUCGACGACGCCAGUCCCGUGACGCUCGAGGAGCGCGCACACCAGUACUGGCACGGCGACGGCGCCAACCGCUGGUUCGACAAGCCGCUGCAGUUCAUCGUCAACGACAACGGCACCUCGGGCUUCAUGGGCGAGCACUCGAUCAUGGACGGCACGCCGACGCACCGCCUCAACGACCACGCCAGCAAGCUCAUCUUCACCGACGCCCUGCCCUUUGACGACCCCUCGAUCCGCUCCGACCUGCCCAACCCCAAGCCGCUGCGCUUCGAGCUCAACGCAGAGCUCAAGCAGGACAUGGCCGCUGCAACUGCGCACUUUGCGCAGCAGAUUGGCGCGCACGAGCUGCGCGUGCAGGCGUACCAGGGCUACGGCAAGGGCCUGAUCAAGAAAUUCAAGUGCUCGCCCGACGCCUACGUGCAGAUGAUCAUCCAACUCGCAUACCACAAAUUCUACGGCAAGAACAGGCCCACAUACGAAUCCGCCGCGACGCGCCGCUUCCAAGAGGGUCGCACGGAAACAUGCCGCACCGUCAGCGACGAGAGCGUGGCCUUCUGCGCCGCCAUGGCCGAUCCCUCUGCGACCGCUGAGGAAUGCGUGGCGAAAUUCCGCGCCGCGCUCGGUGCCCACGUGAAAUACAUUGGCGACGCGAGCGACGGCCGCGGCGUCGAUAGGCAUCUUUUCGGACUCAAGCGUUGUCUCAAGGAGGGCGAGGCUGUGCCGGCGCUGUACACGGACCCAGCGUUUAGCUACAGUAGCACGUGGUUUAUUUCCUCCUCGCAACUAUCCUCGGAGUACUUUAAUGGAUACGGGUGGUCGCAGGUUGUUGAUGAUGGGUGGGGGCUUGCGUAUAUGAUCAACGAGAACAGCAUUCAGUUUAAUGUGUGCUCCAAGGGCUUGGGCUCGGAUAAGAUGAGCUUCUACCUGAAUGAGGCUGCGGGCGAUAUCAGGGAUAUCAUGAUGCCUACGCUCGAGGCGCCCAAGGCGAAGCUGUAGACCCGUCGCGACGAAGUUGGGGUGAAGUUGGGGUGAAGUUUGGGUGAAGUUGGGGUGAAGUCAGGAUGAAGUCAGGAUGAAGUCAGGAUGAAGUUGGGAUGAAGUCAGGAUGAAGUUGGGAUGAAGUCAGGAUGAAGUCAAGAACGUCUAGAGUCGUAGAAAAGUCACCUGGCCAAGACCAUCUAAGAGCAUCGGGCGUUUACACGGGUGAUAUAGGUGAUGUUGUGGUGAUGUUGUAGUGAUGUUGUAGUGAUGUUGUGGUGAUAUAGGUGAUGUUGUGGUGAUAUAGGUGAUGUUGUGGUGAUAUAGGUGAUGUUGUGGUGAUAUAGGUGAUGUUGU